CUAUAUAAGGAGCCAGCAUGUGGUGAAGGAGUCCAUUGGUAAGCACACUAGCUAUCUUCACUCCCACCAUGGUUGUCCAACGCUUCCUCCUCGUCACAUUCCCUUCACAAGGCCACAUAAACCCUGCUCUUCAGUUCGCCAAGCGUCUCAUUUCCAUGGGCGCACAUGCCACUCUUGUCGUUACUCUCCACCUCUACCGUCGCAUCACCAAAAAAAUCAACAUCCUUGGCCUCUCCUUCCUCCCCUUCUCGGAUGGCUUUGACGAUGGCUUCUUCCCCGUCAACAACACCGCCACUGACUACCACCUCUACCUGUCCGAGCUCCAGUGCCGUACCUCGGAUUUCGUGUCCGACCUCAUAGUGUCCACCACUGCCGAGGGAAACCCUUUCACUCACGUAGUUUAUACUCUCCUCGUUCCCUGGGUGGCUGACGUAGCACGAAGCUUUAACCUUCCCACUUCGUUGCUAUGGAUCGAAACGGCCACCGUACUGGACAUUCUCUACUACUACUUUCACGGCUACGCUGAUUACAUCAACGAAGAAACCGUGACCGAAGCUUCGUGUUCCAUAAAUCUUCCAGGGUUACCGUUUUCGCUUUCCCAGCGAGAUAUACCUUCUUUUUUGUUGCUCUGGAAACCGACCAUGUUGUCUUUUACUUUCCCAGCGUUUCAGGAACAGAUUCUGCAGCUUGACCGAGAAAAAAACCCGACGGUGCUGGUGAAUACGUUUGAAGCAUUGGAAUCUGCGGCGCUGAGGGCCGUUGACGGGAUGAACAUGAUCCCCAUAGGGCCGUUGAUUCCUUCUGCUUUCUUAGACGGGAGAGACCCUAGUGAUGCUUGCUUCGGUGGAGACAUAUUCCCUGUGUCAAACGAUUAUGUUACGUGGCUUGAUUCGAAGGAAGAGAAGUCAGUGGUUUACGUGUCCUUUGGGAGCUAUCUAGAGUUAAGCAAAGGACAAAUGGAGGAAAUUGCACGAGCGUUAUUUGAUUGUGGACGUCCAUUCUUGUGGGUCAUACGAGAAAAGGAGAAUCAGGAGGAGGUACUGGAAUUGGGAAUGGAAUUGGAAAAGAAAGGGAAGAUAGUGACGUGGUGCUCUCAAGUGGAGGUUCUUGCACAUGGUUCUGUAGGUUGUUUUCUGACGCACUGUGGGUGGAAUUCGACCAUGGAAAGCCUUGUUUCUGGGGUUCCAAUGGUGGCGUUUCCACAGUGGACAGAUCAGAUGACUAAUGCAAAGCUUGUAGAAGAUGUGUGGAAGAUUGGGUUGCGGGUAGACCAUGAUGUGAAUGAAGAUGGGAUAGUGGAAGGGAAGAAGAUUAAGAGAUGUUUGGAUGUGGUUAUGGGCAGUGGAGACAGAGCAUGUGAGUUGAGAAAGAAUUCACAGAAAUGGAUGGCUUUGGCUAGGGACGCUGCCAUGGAAGGUGGCUCAUCGGAAAACAACCUCAAGGCUUUUUUUCAUCAUGUCGGAGAUAAAUUUAUGCAUACUCAGAACACUCAAAACUAAUUGUGUCUUGUAAUGCGUUAUACGGGUUAAGUU